GCUCUGCCAUCCCAAGAAAGACCUGCCCAGCUGGACUCUUCACCAUGAGCAUGAGGGAGACCUGUGCCCAGGAAGUGGGGCCAGGGGAUGGGGAGGAAAAGCGGAGCGAAGGCACUCAGAAUCCGGACAGGAGGCAGCGCGAAGUGGAGCUGCGGGAUAAAGCCAUCCUGCAACAGAAGAGGCGCCUGAAACAGGCCACCCAGUUUGUGCACAAGGAUUCUGCUGACCUGCUGCCCCUGGAUGGCUUGAAGAGGCUGGGCACCUCCAAGGAUCUGCAGCCACACAGUGUGGUACAACGGCGCCUCCUGGAGGGGAAUCUGAACAAGCUGCGGGGGGAGAGCAGGGAAUAUACCACAUGGGUUCAAUCCCCACUGGUGAAGGACAAGGAUGACAGGGCAGAAAAGAAAGAGAACGACAGAAGGAAAGAGACUGUGUCCCUGCUCAUACACUGCAAGUGCCAAGGUCAGGUAUUGAGAGCUGCUGUUAACACUGGCUGCCAGCAAAACCUCAUCUCCAUGAGCUGUCUGAAACGGCUGGGGCUGGAGGAAGUGUCCGAUGCUGGCAAUGGGGAUCUCUCCCUUCCUGUCCCUAGUGUCAUUGGCCAGGUGGAGUGUGUGGAGGUGCAGCUUGGCCAGGAGACGGUGGUGUGCUCAGCGCUGGUCGUGGAUGAUGAAAUGCUGGAGUUCUGUUUCGGCCUCCAGACUCUGCUGUCUCUCAAGUGCUGCAUCGACUUGGAGGAAGGAGUCCUGCGGCUGAAAGCCCUGAGUGAAGAGCUGCCUUUCUUACAUGCCUCUGACGAGCAUGGGCAGUGA